CGCCGUCCACGCCUCGCGUCCAUGAGACAAGGCCGCUGCAUCGUCGUCCGUCCAGACUCCAGCGUCCUUCCUCUCUCGCCUCUUGCCUCUUCCUCCAGCUCCGGUGUAGGUAGUAAUAAUAUUACCAAGCUGAGUAUCUACUUUAGGCCAACAUCUCCUUACGUAUUACAAGUGAGUGCAUAAAUUGUUUUCAUCAAGGAGAUGAUUUUUGAAGAGUUUUGAGCUGAUUCGUGCUGAUAACGUGUUAUGAAAAUGAAGAAGAUGAAGACUAAAUUUGAGAGAUAGAUAUAUUAAUAAAAGCUCUAAAUAUCUUCUUCUUAAUAUCUGAGAAUUUCUGAAUUUCUGAAUCAAUUUACAAUGCCUCAUCAAGCUCCUAUUUAUACUGUUUGAACUUGAUGAUUAGUCAUUUAAGGGAUGAAUCUACAGAUUUGGUGGCAAUAACAAGUUGAGCCAUCUGUUCUAACUAGGUUACAAGGAUUAAACAUAAUUUCUGGAUUGAUGACAAGGAUGAACAAUUCACACUUGUCAUUUCCAGGAUUUUACAACAAUUUGAUAUUUUUACUUUUUAGCCCCCUCCCCCAAACGGGCCAAACCCUUCCCAACUGUUAUACUAGGUGUUUAUAGUCGUUCAAACGGCCAUUCUGGACCCCACCAAAGGUGGAUUUUAAAAACUAGAAUUUGAUGAUUGGAGAAUAAACAUGUAAACAUGUUUUCCUUUUUCAAUUUUCUUGCAAAACAGAAAAUAUUUCUGUUAAUAACGGGCCUUGAUUUUCUGCAGCCCAAAGGCCCAAAGUACGGAAAAGCUAGUAAAUACGCACUAACACCCGGACUUCUUCCGGCUUCAGUGAUCCUGCUCCACGCCCGUAAACUGACACAGUUACACAGGCACACAGCCUUCGACGGAGCUCGCCAAGGAAGAAGCAAUUAGUACCGCCGACGCUUGUCCUGUUUGCCGCCUGCUGCUUGCCGCCCUGCCUCUUCUCGUCUUCUCGGCCUUCUCGGAAAUCGGAAUCGCAGGCUCUCGGAGUGACGACUGUCGGUUUCUGAGUCCAGGCGUCCAGCUCUAAGUUCCAACUCUUCAAGACUUAAGGGGAAAGGGAGGUUGAGAAAGGAGUUUUUGGUUAGGUUGCUACUGAGAAAAUGCCUUCGAUGUCUUCCAGCAACUCUGUGCACAAAUUUCACACUGUGAAUAACAGACCGUUGAAGAAACCCAAAUCAGAUCACUUAGGCAGGGGGCAAAAGAUUGAUCAUCAGAGAAAAGCUCUGCCAAUUGCUCAAUUGGAAAAAGAACUUUUGGAGGAUGUUAGGAGUCAUGACACCUUGAUUGUUGUUGGGGAAACUGGAAGCGGGAAGACUACACAGUUGCCCCAAUAUCUUUACAAUUGGGGGUUCUGCCGCGGUGGAGGGAUUAUCGGGGUAACUCAACCUAGACGUGUUGCUGCUGUGACGGUUGCAAAACGGGUCGCCGAGGAAUGUGGCAGCCCAUUAGGCCAAAAAGUCGGAUAUGCAGUUAGGUUUGAGGAUGUAACCUCCAGCUCAACAAGGAUAAAGUACAUGACAGAUGGGUUGUUAUUGAGGGAAGCAUUAUUGGAUCCUUUCCUUUCAAAGUAUUCUGUUAUUAUUGUUGAUGAGGCUCAUGAGAGAACAGUCCACACUGAUGUAUUGCUUGGCUUGCUAAAAAAUGUACAACAGAUGAGAGUGAAUAUUGAUGAUCAUCAUGCAGGAGGAGAAGAAGCCAAGAAAGGGUUACUAUUAUUGGACAAACAAAAUGGGGCUAAUAAGUUAUCUCCUUUGAGGUUGAUUAUCAUGUCUGCCAGUCUGGAAGAACAUCUAUUUUCUGACUACUUUGGUGGUGCUAAAAUUGUUCACGUUCCAGGGCGGCAACACGAAAUUUUAGAUUAUUAUACGUGCCAACCUGUCAGUGAUUACUUAGAUGCAGCUUUGGUUACUAUAUUUCAGAUACAUGUAGAGGAAGGUCCUGGUGAUAUACUUGUUUUCUUGACUGGCCAAGAAGAAAUAGAAUCUAUGGAGAGGCUUGUCAAUGAGCAACUGCCACAAUUAUCUGAAUCCAAACAAAACCUUAUAACCUGUCCAAUAUUUUCAUCUCUUCCAUCAGAGAAACAGAUGAAAGUUUUUGCACCUUCUCCUGCUGGGUUCCGUAAGGUUAUACUAGCGACAAAUAUUGCUGAGACCUCAGUAACAAUACCAGGAAUAAAAUAUGUGAUUGAUCCUGGUAUGGUUAAAGUACGCACUUAUGAGGCAUCCACAGGGAUUGAACCACUAAUCAUUGUGAAAACUUCAAAAGCACAAGCACAUCAGAGAAGAGGACGUGCGGGGCGUGAAGGACCUGGAAAAGUAUACCGACUUUACCCAGAGGAUGAAUUUGCAAGACUCAAGGAUUCAACUACUCCUGAGAUCAAAAGAUGCAAUCUUUCAAAUGUUAUUUUGUAUCUCAAAGCACUUGGCAUCGACGAUAUUAUCAAUUUUGAUUUCAUUCAAAAGCCUGACAGGAAUGCAAUCAUAAAGUCAAUGGAGUUGCUAUACAUGUUAGGUGCACUAACAGAAGAAAGCAAACUGUCUGAUCCGAUUGGGAAACAAAUGGUGAAGCUUCCACUUGAUCCUGUCUACUCCAAAGCACUCAUUGUCGCCACCCAAUUCAACUGCUUAGAGGAAAUGUUGAUUGUUGUUGCUAUGCUAUCUGUAGAAUCUGUGUUUUAUGCCCCCCGCGAAAAAUUGGAAGAGGCUCGAAUUGCUUUGAAAAGCUUCUCAAGUCCAGAAGGGGACCACUUGACUUUGCUGAGUGUAUAUCGGACAUACGACGAGUUCUUGCAAAAGCAUGACAUAGUGAAUGACAGUAAAGGAAAAGUUGGAAAGAAUGUAAGAAAAUGGUGCAAGCAAAAUUUCAUCAAUAGCCGGUCCCUAAAGCAUGCCCAUGAUAUCCACAGUCAAAUACGAAGGCAUGCAGAGCAAAUGGGUUUAAAAGUCAUUUCAUGUGGUGGAGACACUCUUUCCUUCCGUAGAUGCUUAGCUGCUUCGUUUUUCCUGAAUGCAGCUUUAAAGCAACCUGAUGGUAAAUACAGGGCUUUGUCCAGUGGACUUAUGGUGCAAAUCCACCCCACGUCGGUUCUAUUCAAGACAAAGCCCGAGUGUAUAAUCUUUGAUGAAAUCAUCCGAACUAACCAUAACUACGUCCGUAACGUCUCCAAAAUUGAUUGCUCAUGGUUGGCUGAGCUGGCACCUCAGUGUUAUGCUCUUCAGGAAUAGGAUAGUGAAUAGAGAUUAUUGUUUACUACAGUGUUGUUUUAUUUAUGCGCUCAUUCAUUUAUAUAUGCCCAUUCAUUUAUAUAUGCCCGUAAUAAUGGGCAUGUGUUGUAUGACAUCUUCAUGAGAAUAAUGUGAAUUUCUGUUCACCAAAAGUGGGUUCUCUUUAAUUUGUAAUAUCUAUUUAAUAGAGUUGGAUUGCAAUACCCUUAUCUGGUUUUAAAACAGAGCUACCCACUGCACUUGUAAAUUAUGAUGAUGUUUAUGGAAGAGUUC